ACCCAAAAUCAUCGUCAUUUCAUUUUCCUUCAACCCAAAACACUUCUCCCCCAAAUCCCCCAAAACAAAUUCAAAAUUAAACCAAAUCCCUAAUUCUCAAUUUCACACACACACUCCUUCUCCGUCGUCGUUUUACAUGAACUCCGGUUCCCAAAACCGCCAUGACCAGAACCCUAUCACCGGAGCGACAACCACCGCAAUCGUCACCGUCAAUUUCUCGGUCGAUUACGCAAACACUUAACGGCUCGCACAAGUUCUUGAUCCAAGGCUACUCUCUUGCGAAGGGAAUGGGAGUCGGAAAACACAUUGCGAGCGAUGUUUUCACCGUCGGAGGUUAUCAGUGGGCGAUCUACUUCUAUCCUGACGGCAAGAAUCCGGAAGAUGGUUCGACUUAUGUUUCCGUUUUCAUCGCGCUGGCUAGUGAAGGAACCGAUGUAAGAGCGCUUUUUGAACUCACGCUUGUCGAUCAGAGUGGAAAGGGGAAGCAUAAAGUUCAUAGCCAUUUUGAUCGAUCUCUUGAGAGUGGUCCGUAUACUCUUAAGUACAAGGGUAGCAUGUGGGGGUACAAGCGAUUUUUCAGACGGGCUUCGCUUGAGAACUCCGAUUUCCUCAAGAAUGACUGCUUAAAAAUCAACUGUACAGUUGGAGUUGUAGUUUCUGCGACUGAUUGUCCUCUACUUAACUCUAUUCACGUCCCAGAAUCUGACAUUGGAACACACUUUGGCUCAUUACUGGAGAAUAUGGAAGGUUCAGAUGUUACUUUUGAUGUCGCUGGGGAGAAGUUUCCUGGUCAUAAGAUCGUGUUAGCUGCUAGAUCCCCAGAAUUUCGAUCCAAAUUUUUAAAUGGUACGGAUAUUGAUACGGACAAACAGGAGAUUGUUGUAACAGAUUUAGAACCAAAGGUUUUUAAGGCAAUGCUGCAUUUUAUCUACAGGGAUACCCUUACAGAAGAGGCGGAUGUGGUUCCAUCAACAUCAUCUAGUGAUUUUCCGGGUUGUGAGACAUUGAUAGCAAAAUUGUUAGCUGCAGCAGACAAGUAUGGCUUGGAGAGGCUUAAACUGAUGUGCGAGUCUCGUCUAUGCCACAACAUUGAUGUGAGCUCUGUAGCUAGCAUUUUAACAUUGGCUGACAAAUGCCAUGCGGCAGAGUUAAAAGCUGUUUGCCUAAAAUUUGCUGCUCAAAAUCUAGCAGCUAUCAUGAGGACAGAUGGAUUUGAGUCUAUGAAAGAGAAAUGUCCAUGGUUACAGUCAGAGAUAUUGAAAACAAUUGCUGGCUGUGAGGGUGAUACUUGCAGUACAGGGGAAAAAUCUCAGAGUGUGUGGGCCCAACUUUCAGAUGGUGGUGAAACAAUUGGCAGGAGAGUUAGACAGAGACAUUGAUAUCUGUCGUCACAUUGGUAUCUCCGAUUCUUUUUGUAAAUGAAGUUGAUGAUAACGUUGAAAAAAUGGGGAUAGUUAAGGCCAAAGAGAGGGAAAAACCUUUUCUGGUGAAUUUCUCCAUGUUUCAAUAGAAAGUUCUUUAGAAAAAGAAGGUAGACUAGAUGCUAUGCAGGUUAUACUUAUGUCUCCCGUGGUGUGUUGUUAGUACGGAGUAAUUAUUGAAAAUGAGCUCAUCUGCAGUAGACGUUUGUAGAGGAUCCAAGUCCAUUAUCGUUGCUGGACUUUAUGUCCCCAUGUCCUUUGUUCAAACCUUAAUGUUUGUAGAACUAGGUUCAAUAGGAUGGUUGCUAUACCUUGUAAAAAGUAUUCAUUUUGUAAACAUCGUUUCUGUAAUUUAAACCUCAUAAAAAGUGGUAAUGUGAGAUAGUCCAUCUUGAAUUGA